AUGUCAAGUCAACAAAUUACCCUGGUUGUUGGCGGCUCCCGCGGCAUUGGCGCCGAAUUUGUUAGGCAGAUUGCACAAUCACACCCGUGGGACAAGGUCAUCGCAACGGUCCGUAGCCCACGAUCAUUCGGCAAUCCCAAAGUCGAAACUCUUCAACUAGAUAUCAACGCUACUGAGUCAAUCAAAGCUGCCGCCACUCAAGUCGAACGAGUCGAUACUCUCAUCGUCAGUGCAGCCAUCGGCAAGGACGAGUUAAUCCUUAUGACACCUGAAGAAGGCUUUCGUAACUACCUGGAAACGAAAAUUUUGGGACCAUUACGCGUGGUUAAGGCCUUCUUACCUGCCCUGCGCGCUGGUAAACUCAAGAGGAUCAUCCUACUGUCAUCUUAUUCAGGGUCUUUGACCAAACAAAAAGUUCAGCUUGACAAUGAGUUGAAUGACGAUGGCUUCGCAGUUAUUCCCAUUCAUCCAGGUUGGGUAGCCACGGACAUGGAUAAUGCUUUUGGUGAGGGUGCUAUACUAGUUGAUGAGAGUGUGGCGGGGAUGCUCAAGGCCAUUGAAUCACUCAGGCAUGGCGACUCAACCAAAUAUUUACAGUAUGACGGCCAAGAAGUUCCAUGGUGA